GAUUGUCAGAACGAAGGAAAUCAAGCUGCUACUACUGUUAUUACCGGAGGUCCCAUUGAGAAUAAAAGAUGUGCACACACAUGCACAUAAAUAGACUGAACAGGACCUAAACGGUUUUGCAUUGCAAAAUCGUUGCAGUAUCUCAGUGAUUUUUCAUCAGUUCUCUUUUUUUCAGCUUCUUCCCUCCCUCUCUCAUUUUUUACAACUGCCAGUGCCGGGGUCUUCUCUGUUUCUUUCUCUUCUUCUCUGUCACUCUUUCUCUGUGCACAAAGGAGGGUUCUGCGAAAAGAGAGAAGAGGAAACAGAACAUUGCACACAUGCAUCUCUGGGGAUGAGGCCAUUGCCGCUGGUGCCACCCCCCCGUCACCAUGACGAUGCCACUCAGCCCCCUCUCCAGUGACGAGGAGCAGCAAAGGAUGCUGGGAAAUAGUCAACAUUUCUAUCCAGGGGCAGAAGAGGAGGGAGGAGAAGAGGAGGAGGAGGAAGAAGAGAGACAGGGGGAGAACAGAGUGGGUGGAGAGAAUGAGAAUGGAGAGCUAGAGGAAGGAGAAGAAGAUGAGGAAGAUGAGGUAGCAGGAGGCAGUCAUUUGCGAAGUAGCAGGGAGGAGGUGCCCAGGCAACCAGGCAACAUGACUGGGCGACAGACAGGAGACAGACAGUUACGGCCUGGAAACUUUGGACACGGUGGAAACCCCCAUUCCUCAAACCCUGGGCCCACCCAUCAUCCACUGCAACUGCAGAAGCAACAUUCCCUGGCCAAUCUGCAGAAGCAGAGACGAAUGCUUGAGCGCAGCCAGAGUACAGCGACCUCUACAGAUGAAACACACAUCUCCCUGAUGGUGUUCCGCAUCGGCAUUCCUGACAUCAAACAGACGAAAUGUCUGCGGUUUAACCCAGAGGACACGGUGUGGUGCGCCAAACAACAGGUUCUGUGCUCCCUGACCGAAUCGCUGCGGGACGUGCUCAACUAUGGCCUGUUCCAGCCGGCUACCAAUGGCCACGAUGCCAAGUUCCUGGAGGAAGAGCGACCACUUCGGGAGUACCCACAAUCCUUUGAGAAAGGGGUGCCCUAUCUGGAGUUCCGCUACAAGACCAGAGUCUACAAACAAACAAAUCUGGAUGAAAAACAACUUGCUAAACUGCAUACCAAGGCCAGCUUGAAGAAAUUUAUGGACUAUGUCCAAAGUGGAGCAGUGGAUAAAGUGGCCAAACUCUUGGAAAAGGGACUCGACCCAAACUUCCAUGACUCUGACAGUGGGGAGACACCCCUCUCCCUGGCAGUACAGGCUGAACAGGGGGGAGGGGAGGGAAUCAGGGUCUUGGUUUCAGGUGGGGCGCACAUUGACUUCCGAGCAAAGGAUGGACUCACCCCAGUACACAAGGCUGUCAGGGCGCAAAAUCACACUGCACUGCUGGCCCUCCUCUCUUUGGGGGCCUCUCCAGACUACAAAGAUCGCUGGGGCUUGACCCCACUGUACCACACUGUGCUGACAGGGGGCGACACAUCCUGCUGUGAAACCCUGCUGUACCACAGGGCCAAACUGGGAGUUAGGGAUGAGAAUGGCUGGGAUGAGACACAUCAGAUCAGGGAUGAAGAGGAGUACGGAAUGCAAGAGAUACAUAAGGCCUGUCAGAAUGGUCAUGCACAGCACUUGGAACACCUUCUUUUUUAUGGGGCAGAUUUCAGUUCCCAGAAUGCCUCAGGAAACACUGCCCUGCACAUUUGUGCUCUUUACAAUAAGGAAAGUUGUGUCCGCAUCCUGCUGUAUAGGGGUGCCAGUAAAGAGGCAAAGAACAAGAACGGGCAAACACCCUUCCAGGUAGCAGUAAUGUCUGGCAAUUUUGAACUGGGAGAGAUCAUUAAAAACCACCGUGACUCAGAUGUAGUGCCCUUUCUUGAAUCGCCCAAAUAUGCUCCACAGAGACGGGAGAGUGCCCGCACCCUUAACAUCCCCCACCCGCACCCCCUUCUCCGGGCCAAUAGUGAUAACAGUAUGAACCUGCCAGACUGGAUGGGUGUGACCAACGCUGCCGCUCCCAAUAUUGUGUCUGUACAGGGGUACAAGCACUCAGGCACUGUGCGCAGCUCCAGCAGCCCACGGGGCCCCCGCACUCGCUCCCCUUCCCGAGGCAGAGGAGGAGAGAGAGAGGAAAAGAGCCGCCAGACCCGCGGAAGACAAGGACCUGCAUCGGCUGGCAGCAGUGGGCCGACAGGGGGCCAGAGGCGGCGACUGUACAGCGCAGUCCCGGGACGAGUCUUCGUGGCAACACGCUCCCACUCUGCUCAGGGAGACAGAGAGAUCAGCCUCAACAAGGGGGACAGGGUGAAAGUGCUGAGUGUUGGAGAGGGGGGAUUCUGGGAGGGCACAGUGAAGGGCCGGACCGGCUGGUUCCCCUCGGACUGCGUGGAGGAGGUGGCAGUGCGUAACCAGGACACCCGCUCAGAGAGUCGCAGUGAGAGAGCCAGGCGGUUGUUCCGUCACUAUACUGUUGGAUCAUAUGACAGUUUUGAUGCCCCCAGUGACUACAUUAUUAAGGAGAAGACGGUGCUCCUGCAGAAGAAGGACAGUGAGGGGUUUGGCUUUGUGCUGAGAGGAGCCAAAGCUCAGACUCCUAUAGAAGAAUUUACCCCCACCCCAGCUUUCCCUGCUUUGCAGUAUCUAGAAUCAGUGGACGAAGGGGGUGUGGCCUGGAGAGCUGGUCUGCGAAUGGGAGACUUCCUUAUUGAGGUAAAUGGUCAGAACGUGGUGAAGGUGGGGCAUAGACAGGUGGUCAACAUGAUCAGGCAAGGUGGCAACAGCCUCAUGGUGAAGGUUGUCAUGGUAACCCGUAAUCCAGAGAUGGAGGAGGCAUCCAGAAAGAAAAUCCCCCAGCAGAGUAAGAGACUGACUCCCCCCGCCAUCUCAAUGCGCUCCAAAUCCAUGACCUCAGAGCUGGAGGAGAUGGUGGAGAAAGCUGCUUCUCCUUGGAAGAAGAAAGCAGAAUACGAGGCUUCGCAAGUUUCAGAGAAGAAGAGGACAGUCUAUCAGAUGGCACUUAAUAAACUUGAUGAGAUUUUGGCAGCUGCUCAGCAGACAAUCAGCACUACUGAUGGUCAAGGGUCACGAGGUCAUGUAGGGAAAAGGGACCGGACCAGAGGCAUGUUCCCUAAUGAGUCCAAUUAUGACCAAUCAGGAAUGGGAAUGUCAUCUGGGGCAGGGUUUGGUUAUGAUCGAGCUCAAUUUGUGCCGGGCCAUGCCCCCCAGCACGGUAUGAUGCUGCGACAGAAAUCUAUCGGCGUGACAGAGGAAGAGAAACAGUACCUCCAUCCACCGGCUAUGAAGUUUUCACGCAGCCUGUCAGUACCUGGCCCAGAUGACAUCCCCCCUCCCCCCACAACAGCCCCACCAGACCCUCCUUUAUCUGCAGGCCCCACCACAGGCUGGAGAGGGAAGCAGUCCCAGCAACCCCCUGGGCCCUCACCCCAGAUCUCCCCCACAUCGGCCCACUACCAGCUCUACUCACAGGCAGUACACUACUCCCAGAUAGGCCGAGACAGAGGGGGCACUGGUGGGGGCAUGGACCACGCGCACCCUUUCCACUCCCAGCAAAGCAGGGCCGCAUCGCGAAAAGGAGCUGGGUACAUGGGGGACCCCUCAGGAGGUAGCGGUGGUGGGGGGAGGGCGGCAGGUUUGAGGAGGGGUUACAGCAAUGCCGUCCCCCCCUCCAGUGCGGCUGCUAUGGCCCAGCAACAGAUGCAACGAGUUGACAGGAGCGGCGCCGGAGCUGGGGGUGUCCCCAAAGGGGGGGCCAGGAGAGGAAAAGGCCCCCUGGUCAAGCAGUCCAAAGUUGAGGAUGGAGCCAGGCAGACCCAGGCCCAGAUGCAGGCCCAUGCUCUGGGCAAGGCCCUGCCCGAGAAGAGCUCCAUCCCCAUCCCGACCAUCAUAGUGAAGGCCCCCUCCACCAGCAGCAGCGGCCGCAGCAGCCAGGGCAGCAGUGUGGAGGCGGAGCCGCUCGCAGACACUGACUCCAAACCUCCCCCUGGUGCCCCUGCAGGCUCCCCGACCUCCACACCCUCCUCUAUAGCUUCUCCUCUGCCUCUGUCUUCUCCACAUCCCGCUCCUUCCGUUCCACCUGCUCUUCCUCCUUUGUGCUCCCAGGAAAACCUGGACUUCACCAGUCAGUUUGGGGCAGCUAUUGUGGGGGCAGCCCGCCGGGACAGAGAGCGAUUCCGUGAAGCGAGGAGGAAGAGCGCAUCCUUCUUCCUCUCGGCUGAGGAGGAGCUUGAAGGAGGGGUGGGAGGAGGGAGGACCCAGGGCUCACAACAGCAUGGUUCUGAAAUCGAUACCCCUUCACCUCGUCUGCGGCCCUCCAAAUCCAUAGAUGAGGGCAUGUUUUCCGGGGAUACGUUUAUUCACCACACGCGCAGUAUGCCUCCUGCAUUUGGUCUGCCCGAAUACUCUUCCCCAGCCCCUGUGGGAGACUACCAACCCAAAUCAGUACCGGGUGACUUCUACGGUGCAGCGAAGCAGCCAGCCACCACCUUCAUCCACCCACUAACAGGGAAAGUGUUGGACCCCUCAUCCCCGCUUGGUCUGGCCCUAGCGGCAAGAGAGAGAGCUCUGAAAGAUGACGGGAGAAUUCGGAGGGAGAGCCACUUUGGGCGCCAGCUCUCCAGUGCGGGGGCGUUUCCCUCCACAGCCUCUGCCACUCCAACCUCCCUCCUGUCUCACAUUUCCCCCUCCUCCGCUGCCUCCCAGUCAUCUAGUUCCUCAUACCUUGUCACCUCCUCUUCCUUGGCAGCCACCACCCCAACUGUGGGUCGCCCGCCUUCACCGAGGAUAUUACGUGGCACUGGGGGGUGGGCAGAGGAAGGCAUGGAAAAGGAAAAGGAAGGGGGAGCCAGGGAGGGGCUGAGGGUACGAUUUUCAGAGGACAAAACAGUCCAUACACACCACUUUCAGUCUGAGCAGUACCCAUCAAGCUACAGAGAGCGGGAGCGGGAGAGGGAGAGGGAGAGGGAGAGGGAGGGGUAUGGCAGGAAGCAGGAUCAGCAGUCUACCCCACAGCCUCUCCAUCCCUCUUCCCAGCAGGCACCGCCCCGACGGCCCUCUUUCUUACGGAUGGAAAGUGACGCCAAUGCCUAUGUGCUGUCCCUUACACCCCCUUCCCCUCCCCCUGUGGUCCCAGACCACACACAAGGAGCAGGAGAGAGCGGGGGGUCGGGGCUCAUGGUGCUGCCUCCCCCUGCACCCUCUGUAGAUGUAGAUGAUGAAUUUGUCUUUGCUGACCCCCUCCCCCCUCCCCUUCAGUUUGCUAAUAGCUUUGACCGCGGUCUGGGAGGAAUACCCGGGUACAAUCAGCAAGGGGCGAUGAUAGCCAACAAUCUCCAGUCCACCCAGAAACCCCCGCCACCUCCACCUCCACCUCCACCCCCACCCCCCCAAAAAGAACCUUUCAUAGGAAGUUUCGCCCCUCACACCCCCCUCCCCUCUCCACAGGCUGGAGACUCCACUGCCUCUAGCCUUACCUCUUAUGACAGUGAAGUGGCAAACCUCACUCAAUCCGCCCCCUCUCCUUCUGCAGCACCCUCCCAACCUUUACCCCCACCCUCCCCCUCAACCUUGCAGCCCUCCCUCACUGAACCUCCAGCCCCUCCCUCUGUGUCUCCGCCAUCCCCGUCCUCCACUGCCCUUCACAGACCCUUCCCUCUGUCUCACCCUCAGCACCUUUUUAACAGCACACACCCCCCUGGACGCUCCUCCCCCACCCCUCCCCCUGUCUCUGCUGCACAUCCCAUGAUCCCCCCCACAUACCGCAGCCCCUCCCCCAUUGCAAAUUCUACCCCAGAAAGAGCCUCCGCUGUACUAAACACUACUGUGAGCAGCGUGACCACUGCUGCCCCUACUGCCCCCGCCACCACUACAGCCACAACCUCACCCUCAGAGCUCGCAGUUACCACUGCCACAAGUGGGGGGAGCCGGAGAGCAGACCAUCCCCCACCGCCUACCAAAAGUGGUGAGUCCCAGGAGACGGUGGUAGAUUCUGGGAUUGAGGAGUUGGACAGUCGUAGCAGCAGCGACCAUCAUCUGGACAACAUCUUAGGAAUGGGGGGAGUGAGAGGAGAGCGGGGAGAGAGAUUAGGAGCUGGAGAGGGAGAGAGAGGAAGUGACCUCCUGGAUUCCUACAUGACUUGUUUGGAUGGGCAGACAUUUGAAAUGCACAAUGCCAAACCAGCUGCCUCCACCUAUCCCAAAUUGCAACGCUACAGGGAUGGUGGGAGUGCGGUCUCAGAACUGCGCAGACACACCAGCACUGCGCCUGCCUCCUUCCGCUCGCAGAGGCGGAAGGAGGAGGAGGUGGAGGUGGAGGUAGAAGUGGAAGAGGCGGCCGAGAGAGAGGAGGGGGAAGAAGCGGGAGAUGAACAGGACAGUUAUGACGUGAGUGAGAUGCAAAAUUUGGGCCGUCCAUCUCCCCUGUACUUUGAGCGGCCCCGCACCCCAGAGAUCAAGCCCCUAUGGGGUGAGGGGGGCACAGGGGGAGCAGGCGAAGGGGUUGGAGAGGGAGGUAGCCAGGCAAGAGGGGUGUAUUUGGAGGGACGGAAGCUGCAGUCCCCUCUCUCCAGUGUGAAGGCUAGCAUCAUCAGCGAGCUGAGCACCAAGCUGCAACAGAUGGGGAGCAAAGGGAUGGAGGGCUGGGGAGGUCAGAGGUCACUGAGCAGACACAGGCACAGGUUCUCUGAAGACUCCACCUCUUCUGCUCUAAGUCCUCCCUCAGCCCGAUCCCCUUCCCCACUGCCUACGUCUCCCUCUCAGCCCUCCCAGCCAGCCCUGUCCCCCACCCCUUCCUCUCAGUCUCCACUGUUUCCCAACUGGACUCGCUCUCCAUCCCCUCAGCCAUCCAUGGCCCCCUCUCAGCCACAGCAAGCUCACCCCCCGCUCUCCCCAUCCUACUCCCCUUACCCAACCUCACCCAAACACCGGGCAUCAUACCGGAACAAGGCCUUGGAAUUCCAGUUUAUUCCAAGUCGAGAGUCCAGGAGAUCUGACCAUUUACAGCGACGCCGUGCUCCAAGCCCCCUGAUCUCCCCUUCUGAUAGGCCCAAGCUCGGUCCGCCCCGCCCCUCCUCUCUCCCCAUCCUACCUACAUCCCCACUCUACAGUAGCCCUUAUGAGCUCCGGGGCUCCAUCACCCCACCCUCCCCAGCCAACCCCCUAGGAGAUCCCUACUUUGCACAUUCCCCUCCUCUCUUUGCCCCGUCUGGGGCUCCUCCUCCCAACUCCUUGGUAGUCUCUCGCUCCCUCUCCCCCACCCACUUCCUCUCAGGCACUUCCUCCCCGCCACUCCAUCCCUUACCCCCUCCAGCCUGCCUCAGUUACCCCCACCUGUCGUCCCCUCCCUCCUCCAAGCCCUUUGCCUCCAAACCCCUUCCAUACUGGACCAAGUAUGACGUGGCAGACUGGCUGGGCUACCUGAACUUGGGGGAGCAUAGAGAGAAAUUCCUGGACAAUGAGAUUGAUGGCACGCACCUCCCCUCCCUCACCAAGGAGGACUAUCUGGACUUGGGGGUGACCCGUGUGGGCCACCGCAUGAACAUCGAGCGUGCGCUGAAGAGACUGUUGGACAGGUGAGAGAAAACCUGAAGGAGAGAGGGUGAGAGAGGGAGCGGUUCAGAGGACAUUGCUGAAGAGACAGACUAGAUGGAGAGGGAAAGGGACAGAUGUGUCUUUCCUGGACUGCAUGACUUAGUCUUUCUCUGUGACCUCAUACCUUCCAAAACAUUCCAUUCCUCCUCCAUUUCAAACAUUCCCCUCCUCCUCUGUCUAUCACCCCAUUUAUCUCCCUUACAUCUACAUCUCUCUGCCUCUUUUUCAUUUUUUAUUGUUUGAUCUGUCCCUCCUUCUUCCUUCAUAGGCUUUCUUCUCCUUUCCCUGUCUCUGCUCUUUCCCCCCGAGAGGGACAGCCUGAG